AUGAUUCCUCUGUUUACAGCACAGCCAUCCGUUAAAAACAUGGAGGACGCGACCAGCAUUAAUCCUCAAUCUCUUGGAUUUACAGAUAAAUUAAAAUCAUGGUUGUCCUGGUCAUGGACAUACAUAUGUGCCGUUUGGUUUGCCAUGGUUUUAACUAUGAUCUAUGUUCUGCGAAGCCCCUUGAAACUGCAGGACACUCUUACCUCAGCAUCUGUGUUCUUGAAUACACUGACCCCUAAAUUCUAUGUGGCACUCACUGGAACAUCCUCUCUAAUCUCUGGUCUAAUCUUGAUAUUUGAGUGGUGGUACUUCCGUAAGUAUGGGACCUCGUUCAUCGAGCAGGUGUCUGUUAGCCAUCUGCGACCCCUCCUAGGUGGGGUGGAGAGCAGCUCAACCACUGGCCUGUUCUCCUCAGUCAACGGAGAGGCUGAGCCCAGACCCAGUGUCUCAGAGUGUAAAGUUUGGAGGAAUCCUUUAAAUCUAUUCAGAGGAGCAGAAUACAGCAGGUACACCUGGGUGACUGGAAAGGAGCCUUUGACGUACUACGAUAUGAACCUGUCUGCUCAAGACCACCAGACUUUUUUCACUGGUGACACUCAGCAAAUCAAGGCUGAAGAUACUGUGAUGCAGAAGGCCUGGAGGGAGAGGAAUCCCCAAGCCCGGAUCAGAGCAGCUUACCAGGCCAUAGAGAUGAACCACGAGUGUGCUGCUGCCUAUGUGCUUCUGGCAGAGGAGGAAGCCACCACCAUCACAGAGGCUGAGAGGCUGUUUAAACAAGCCCUGCGGAGUGCUGGCAAAGACAUCAACUUGCUGGUGUACAUCAAACGCAGACUGGCCAUGUGUGCACGCAAGCUGGGACGCAUCAAGGAGGCAGUGAAAAUGAUGAGAGAUUUAAUGAAAGAAUUCCCACUGUUGGGAAUGUUGAAUAUACAUGAAAACCUCCUGGAGGCGUUACUGGAGCAACAGGCCUACGCUGAUGUACAAGCAGUCCUCGCCAAAUACGACGAUAUCAGCUUGCCAAAAUCAGCUACAAUAUGCUACACAUCUGCACUGCUGAAAGCACGGGCUGUAUCAGAUAAGUUUUCUCCUGAGGCAGCAUCCCGGCGGGGCCUGAGCACUGCAGAGAUGAACGCUGUGGAGGCUAUACACAGAGCCGUGGAGUUUAACCCACAUGUGCCAAAGUAUUUAUUAGAGAUGAAGAGUCUGAUCCUGCCCCCAGAACACAUCCUGAAGAGGGGGGACAGUGAGGCGGUGGCCUAUGCCUUCUUUCACCUGCAGCACUGGAAGAGGGCAGAGGGAGCCUUAAACCUGCUGCACUGCACCUGGGAAGGCACUUUUCGGAUAAUUCCCUACCCUCUAGAGAAGGGUCACCUGUUUUACCCUUACCCUGGGUGCACAGAAACAGCAGAUCGGGAACUGCUGCCAACCUUCCAUGAGGUGUCUGUUUACCCAAAGAAAGAGCUUCCCUUCUUCAUCCUCUUCACAGCAGGCCUUUGCUCCUUCACUGCCAUGCUGGCCAUGCUCACACACCAGUUCCCUGAGCUCAUGGGCGUCUUUGUCAAAGCAUUCUUCAGCACCCUCUUCACACCCCUGGGUUUCUUCGCAGACAAGAUGGAGAGCUUCAUGCCGUCGAGUUUCUGGCAUCAGCUGACUCGAAUUUGACCCCAUCACACACACGUACACAUACACACCCCUCAGACACCAACACUCCAAAACUACAGACAGAAAUGUUUGCUCUCCUGUUUUCAGCAUUCACACACACUUGUUGUUUUGGUACUGAUUAUGUUGGCCAAGUCUUGUAUCAACAUCCAGUCGCAACUCAGAGAUGCACCCACUAAAGAAGCCAGGUUUUAAAGUAAACAUUUACCAGAUAUUCACGCAGUUAUUCGUUUAUUAUUAUUAUAGGAACUUGAAGUUAUGUUGAGUUACACAGAACGGUAAAUUUGGAAGUAUUUCAACCUACAUUUUACUUCCAAGUCCCACCUCUAAAUUACGUCAAUCUCUCAUACAGUUAUGAAUUAAGUGCUGAAACAAUAAAUGUAUUAUUAGUUUACUUUUCAUUAUUGUGAAGGCUAACACUACAGUUCAUGCAAGUAGUAUCCCUCUGUUCUAGUUAGGGGUGCAAAAUUCCAGGAACUUUCAAUAAAUUCCCUGGUUCUUCUGAAAUCCUGGAUGUAGGAUUCCGGAUUUCCUGCUUAUCCCCUCCUGAUUCCGGGAAUCCUCCAACCGGGAUUGUGGGAAAAACAUGGAACGUAUUGUUCUAGUGUUGCUAUUCUUAAUAUCUGGCCAAGUGUAUUGUCUGUGUUAGCUGGUGCAGCAGGAGACAGAUGGAUGGAUAUAUAGAAAAGCAUACUAGAAGGCCUGUUUUCCAUGAUCGCAGAUCUGAACAGAUCCAUUUCUGUUCACUAGAAUAAGGCAGAGCCAUGUAUUUAGAGAGUUGGGACAUUGAGCUUUCUGCUUUAUGAUGCAUUUACAUGAGACAAUAUAUGGCAGCCAUGUUAGCGCCCCAUUUACAUUACAUAGGGAAUAUGUCUAGAAUGAGUAUAUGACUAAUUUACAUUACACUUCAAAAUUAUAUGGCAGCCAUGUUAGCGCCCCAUUAAUAUUACACAGGGAAUAUGUAUAUAAUGCUAUGUAACAAUGUCUAGAAUUAGAACAAUAUUUUAAAAAAUCUAAAACUUGGCCCAACUCUAAAUGCAUGGCUCUGGAAUAAGGUAUGUGUGUCAGAGGUCAUGCCAGUUCAGAUAGGUUAAAACAAAGCCUUUAUGGUACAUAGUCAUCAUAUGUGGCAGAGUUUAAGUUUGUGAGACCUUCUAAAAACAGAUCCUUGAUUUACUGCCUCACUCUGUCUGUAGUGUAUACAACGCCUGCAGUGUUUUGCCAGUUGUUGCUACAGCAUGCCACCUCCGUGCUAUGUCACUGGCAACCUGCACCCCCUCAAACGUAGCAUAAACAUGUAAGUGGGAUUAUGACCGGUUACGGCAUGGGUAGUCAUGGCAUCAUCACUCACAGCCAAUCACAUAACAGAACGCAGCGUUGCGUUUCUCCUCUAUGAGUUGUAUGCAACUCGUAUUGCUCAGGUGUUAUGGGCCAAUCACAACAGGACGCUUUGUUUGAAUCACUGUGUGAUUUCACCCUAGCCUCAACAGCAUAUACUCUGAACCAUGAUCUAAGACUAGUCAAUAGCCUAUAUAUUGUGGCAGGACUUGCUAUUUGAUAUUGAAUAGCAUGAAGGACCUUUUGUGCCUCACUGGCUCAACAGACAGAUUGGAUUUAAGCGGCUUGAUGAAAUUGAAAGCUAUUGCCCACAAUACUCCCAGAUACGUAUUGUAUUGAUGAACCAACGUUUCGGCAUACAGUGGUUUCAGAACCUGCUCAUUCAUUUGCUAAUUCCUUGACCUGUAUUAUAUAAUUUAGCAAACAUAAACCCAAAUAAAAAAUAAAAAAGAUGGCAGCAAGAGCUGACCGUUCAUUGGUUGCUGGUAGUGCAUUGCAUCCAGUGCUGGACUAACGCGUUUUGGGCCUCGGGGCCCAAACAUAUUUAUAUUUUGGGGGAGGAAUACAGCUAACUUCCUGCAUGUGCAGUUUUAUAAUGAAAUUCUACAUAUUGUGUCAUGAGGCCGAGAUAACAUUUUGCAGUUUUAAAGCAAAUUUCCUACGAUUCUACACAUUUCGCCAUGGGGCAGAGAGAAAAAGUUGCUGUUUUAUAGCUUAUCAUGCUAUUCUUCAGAUUUUGCCAUCAGGAUGAGAGAAAAUGUUGCAAAUUUCCUGCUAUUCUACACAUUUUGCCAUGAGGCUAAGAGAAAAUCUUCCAGUUUUAAAGUACAUUUCCUGCAAUUCUACACAUUUUGCCAUUGCUUAUGACGUGUUCAUAUCCUAUUUGUGGGGACCCCCGACACCCUUUUUUGGGGGGGGUCGGGGGCACGUGCUCUGCGUGCCCGUUCGGCAAUCCGACCCUGAUUUUAUCAUGGUCUAUUGGUGCACAGUGCUUGAACAGCACUUAUAAUUGGUUUGCUACUUUCAUUCAACUUAUGUGUCAGAGCCAUCAACACUCCUACCUGGCUAUACUGUGCACGAUCUGGGUGUAAUUACUGUACACUAUUUUAAUUCCAUACUGUUGGAUUAUAUUUGGGAUAGUCCAGAGUAACAAGAUGAAAUGCUGAAGACAGAAGUCCUAAUAUUUGACCUUACUACCAUAUGAGUUAGAUAUCUCACAAUAAAUUGGUUCUUGAAUGUAAAUCUAAUGCGUUUGUGUUUGAAUUUUUGUUGUACUUUGUGAACAAAUAAAAGAAAAUAAAAAGA